AUGGAGACUAUCAUCCUAUUGAAGGAGAAUGAGAUAAGCAGAAGAGCGAGGAGAUUAAAGUUAAAAGGAGAGAGUGUCUGGGGAUAUAAACAAGAUAAGAAGAAAAGAUUGGAGAGAAGUGAUAAUGGCGAGGACUCCCAUCGAAUAUCUCCCAGUCCUGUGGUCCAUGUCAGGGGUCUGUGUGAGGCUGUGGUGGAAGCAGACCUGAUAGAUGCCCUGGAGAAGUUUGGACCCAUAUGUUAUGUGAUGAUGAUGCCAUUCAAACGUCAGGCUCUAGUGGAGUUCUCAGCUGUGGAGAGUGCUGACCGCUGUGUGUCCUGUGGAGCGAAGGAGCCAGUAUACAUUGCAGGCCAACAGGCAUACUUUAACUACUCCACAUCCAAGAGAAUCACCCGGCCUACCAAUGCUGACAACCCCAACAGUGGCAACAAGGUCCUGUUGCUGUCCAUACAGAACCCCCUCUACCCUAUAACCACGGAUGUUCUGUACACUGUGUGUAACCCCAUCGGCAGUGUGCUAAGGAUUGUCAUCUUUAAACGAAAUGGGAUCCAGGCCAUGGUAGAGUUUGAGUCAGUUCAAUGUGCUCAGAAGGCCAAAGCUGCGCUGAAUGGAGCUGACAUUUACGCUGGAUGCUGUACACUCAAGAUUGAAUAUGCAAGGCCAACACGUCUGAAUGUUAUUAAGAAUGACAACGAGAGCUGGGACUACACUAAACCAUACUUGGUCAGACGAGACCGUGGAAAGGGCAGGCAGAGACAGGCCAUUUUAGGAGAACACCCAUCAUCCUACAGUGAGAACGGCUAUGGUCCACCUUGCCCACUGCUGCCUCUGCCUGGUAACAGCAGGUAUAAGCUCACCUCAGUGGAUGUACCAGACAUGGUGUCCUACCCUCUGCCCCAGUCAUCCUCCUCAUACUCUGGCCACGCCCCUAGUUCUGUUGCCAUGGUGAGUGGCCUCCAUCCAUCUAAGAUGAACUGCACCCGCAUCUUUAACCUCUUCUGCCUUUACGGCAACAUUGAGAAGGUGAAGUUUAUGAAGAGUGUUCCUGGUACAGCGCUGGUUGAGAUGGGAGAUGAGUAUGCUGUGGACAGAGCUAUUACACACCUCAACAGCAUCAAGGUGUUUGGCAAGAGACUCAAUGUCUGUGUGUCUAAGCAGCAUGCAGUGAUCCCCAGUCAGGUGUUUGAGUUAGAGGAUGGCAGCAGCAGCUACAAGGACUUUGCCAUGACCAGGAACAAUCGCUUCAGCAGUGCCGGACAGGCCUCAAAAAAUAUCAUCCAGCCUCCAUCUGCUGUGUUGCACUACUACAACGUUCCUCCAUGCAUAUCACAGGACCAUUUACUGAGGCUGUGUACAGAGCAUGAUGUACCUGGCUUUGUCAAAUUCAAGAUGUUUGAUGCCAAACCCUCUUCUAAGACCAUCUCUGGCUUGUUGGAGUUUGACAAUAAGACAGAGGCUGUAGAGGUUCUUACUGUUCUCAACCAUUACCAGAUCAGGAUACCCAAUGGAUCCAACCCUUACACCCUGAAACUGUGUUUCUCCACCUCGUCUCAUUUAUAAAAAGCUGCAGAGCACAAAAAGAGGCUGCUUAACCUGGUGAUGGCUGACCUCUGACCAGAGAGAGGGACAUGACAAUGAGACACAGACAAGUGAAUGAGAGACAAAAGAAAUGUGAAAGAAGAAGAGAAUGAGAGAGAGGUGAUCUUUAAAGGCGAAAAAGAAGAUGGAGCAAGAAGUGUUAACGAGAGAGAAGACACUGUCAGUCUCCAAACCAAACAUCAAAUGCACACCCAUCAUCCCACCAUCCAGUCACAACUCAAAAGUUGACUACUGACUAAUAACUGUCUGAAAUACUCCAAUAAUGUCUUUAUAUUGUCAUGUUGGAUGUCUGGAGGACACUGCUCAUGUGUUUGUCCCAGAGGUCUUCACUGCAUGGUAAACUUCAAGUGUGGACCUAGAAAGACAGACAUACAGAGGCCAACUCUGAGGAAUGUACUCUACAAACCUGAGUCCACUUCGGUGUUGGUCAGACAUUUCUAAAAUCAUGAUCUGUGCACAUGACAGAUACUGACUGAGAUCAUAUUUUAAUGUUUAAAAAAUGUAUAAAUAUAGUGUGUUGCUUUGAAAAUCAUUGAACAUAUAUAGUAAAUAUGGAUAGAAUUUGAACACAAGUUCUCAUUUAGGGUUCAUUAGAACUACAUGAACUUAUCUGCCUUGGCAGCAGCAAGGCCUAAGGACAGAGGUGUUUGGUCAAACACUUUGGCCCAGUGUGAGAUGUCUGAACUACUGACCAGUGGUUAAGUUUGCUGUGGAUAUUUGUGGUUUUCAGAGGAAGACAUUGUGGUUUUGGUGACCCUCUGACUUGACUCUUCUCAUCCCACCAGCAUUAGGUCAGAAUUUAUAGCCAGUAUUUUCAUCUGUGACAUGGUAUUUAGAAAGCAAAGGGCAGAAUUUACAUGAAAUUUUACAUUAAUAUCCUUGUUCUGUAUUUGAGCCCCAUCUUCUGCUUUACCACCAUCACCAAACUCAUACAAAAGAAAUAGCAAACUGUAAUGGACAAAUUGCCAUGACAUUUGCUGGGCGCAGACAAUAACUUCUUUGCAUUUUGGACACUUACUGCCAUCUUUAGGCCAAAAUAUCAAUUUUGCAUAAAAGAUAUCUGAUAAUACAACUGGCAGAUUGAUGAAAGUCAGUUCAUCAAUGUGCCAUGUCAUAGUCAUGGAAAAAUGAUGGACAAUGGGUACAUUUCCAGCCGCUGGUGAGGCUCUAAGAAUAGCAAAGUUUUUUAAGUUAUUGUUCUGUCUUUCACAUUGUUAGGUGUAUUAAAAUUACAGCCUAACAGUAUUUUAGACUUAAACGUCUCUACAUUUUAUUGGCAGCACAAAAGAGACUGAUGUCAUGUCACAGUUAAUACACUGAGAAGAUGGAGCUAAUUAAAUGAAUGAUUCUACGUGGAGUUUGCAUGUUCUUUCCAUACUUGCUUGGGUUUCUUCUCACAGAUCAAAACAUGCAGGUUAGGCUAACUGGCAACUUUAAAUUGCCUGUAUAGGUGUGAAUGUGAGCAUGAAUGUUCAUCUUUCUCUAUGUCAGCCCUGUAAUUGACUGGCAACCUGUCCAGGGUGUACCCUGCUUCUUGCUCAGUGUCAGCUGGGAUGAGCUCCUCCUGCAGCCCCCGAAAAUAAGCUCUUAUGGCAAAUGGAUAGGUGGAUAGAGCUUACAUUAAAGUGUCAAACAGUGUAUUAUAUAUGGCAGGAUUUCCUGGCUUUACUGUGAUCUUACGUAUAUACCGUACACAAUCUUAAUUCUCACAUGGCUCCGGUGUAAUAUUACAGGGACUGCCGAUGAGUCUGCGUUAUUUCUGUGGAUGUGUUUUGUGCAUUAGUGAGAGUAAAAAAUAGAAUAUUCCUAACGAUAGCCACACCAAACACAUUGGUGACGUGGCACUGACUUUAUGGCCCUUACUUUACUAGCUGAUUGGUGGAAGGUAAAUGAUUUGGUGGACUGGAGUAGAGUUACAACAGUGUAAUAAACUGGAACAGUCUGAGCACUACUGCUUGUUUGAUCCUUUGACUGAUGAUAUUGGAUCUAAUGCAUCAACCUGUCAUCAUUCAAGUCUUAAUACACCCACUAAAGUAACAUUAGUCACCAGUGAAGACACAAAUAUUUCUACCAAGUGGCACUUUUCCAAGAAAUUUAAGGGCCCAUCUGUGAGUCCAUGUUGCAACCUAACACAAGACAGUUCAGCCCAGUUAACAAUGAGUCCAAUCCGAUUAUACAUAUGCACUGCUUUGUAGAAUUGAAUGCACAACUACUGUAAGACCAGUACGCCAAAGUAGAACCAGAAAAAUAGGUUAAUCUUACAUUCAAACUCUGCAAUUACAUAAUAUUGUAGGAUAUUUUGCUUUGCCAUAUUAAUCAGCAUAUUAAUUUUUAUUGUAAUUUUUUAUUUUUAUAAUCUAAUGUCAAUAGAAGAUUUUUUUCUGUAGAUUUUACAUGAAAUAUAUUGGAGGUCCUGUAUAGGAGAGGUGGAGGCCCUUUUACUUUGUCCAGUCACAGAGUGGUUGUUCAGACACACAGGGCUUCUUUGAGGCCAGUUCUUUGGUGAAGUUCAGUAACAAAAUACACAUUGUAUCUCAGAACAUGCAGAUUUCACUGCUCCACACCUUUCUUUUAGUACACCAGGAUCCAUCAUAUUUGUGAAUUAAGACAUGCCUUUUGUACAUAAUAGGCUAUGUAAAUAAGGAAAAGGUGCAAAGAGUUUUGACAGAUGAAUCCCACUUAGCCUGCAGUUAAAUUAUUGCUCCUCUAGAUGUUGUGCAACCUCAUAAAACGAAAGCUGAGAGGUUUGUAUUUCUCUUUCAAACACUUGAAUCUUACUGUAUUUCAAAGGAGGUAUUAUUUAUUCUAUUUAAAAAGUUUUUUUUGUCUUUAAUAAAUGAGGGGAUUUAAUAAAUGAGGGCUGUUGUCACUCUGAAGCUGAUGUGAGGUUUCAAUCACAGAACUGACAGUAUGAGACAGAUCCACAGGUAUCUCAUGAUUUUAGGCUGUAAAGGUUUAAUUUUGUUAAUAGUCUAUAAUCACACACACACAAAAAAACAUUUAGAGAAAUGCAUAGAACUAUAUUGUGCCAUUCAUUUAAGAAUCUCUGUGGUUGUAACUUACAUGUAAAUGUUCAAACUGAAUAAAUUUAAGUCUGUGGCUGUAAGGUCAGCUACAGUCAACUCAA